GAUGGGCCAUCAUUUCUGCUCGAUUUAUCCUUUUGGGUGGCAUUGGCUGCCCAGGUCACGUUCUUCUUUGCUGCCGAAAUGGCUGGCGAAUCUACAGGGCAACUGCUGGACUUGAUGGCCUUCGUAUCAUACUUCUUCCAAGUCGUCUUCAUUUCGCUGCCGGGAUUUGUGCAGAACCAGCCGGCGCAGACAUAUCGGUUCUUGCUGCAACUGGCCGGGACAUUGUUCCUAUUCGAUGUGCAGCGCGCUGCAAUUCUGGCUUUCUCCACCUAUACUGUGCCCCUCCUCCUGGCAGCGGCGUCCGGAACGAGCACGGAGCUGUUUCUGAAUACCAUUUGGGCAGAUGUUUUGCUGACGCUGGGCCUUCUGUUGCUGCUCAACACGAUCAGCGGUGCCCUCCCGCUGAACUCCGAGCCUCUUGUGGCCGACCCUUCGCUGCGUGACGAGCUGGCAAUGGCCGAAGCCCGCAGAAGUAUCAUGUCUGUCAUGACGGAUGGAGAAAUGGUCUUGAAGGAUGACAAGAUUAUGCAAGCUGGGCAGCGUACCCGCCAUUACCUUGGGGGCCUCCUUGGAAAGAAGGAGGUGGAAGUGGGGGGCCUUCUGCUGCAGGAUGUUCUGCACCCUACGGAGGUACGUCAUGUUCCAUCGAUCUGCCCCAGCCUGAAAGAUAGCAGCAGUCCGGCCUCGAGUUUUCAUGUUCGGCUUCGGGAUGACCGCCAAGCUCAGCUCUACACCUGUGCCUUUCAAGCCGGCGACUCUGACGUGCUAUGGCUUGCCUGUAUACGCGAUGACGGGUCAGAGGUGACAGGAGCACCCCUGGCAAGUUCUCCUCAACCGGGUCUAGCAGAAGCCAUGUCAGACUUGGGCGACUCGCGCCCUCCUUCCGAGCCUUCGGCAUCAGGCGCAUUCACAUUGGCGAGCCAACGGCAAGAGCUGGCCCUCCCAGAGCUUGAGAGCAUCGGCUUCACAUUGGACAUCUAUGCCGAGGAGCUGACGAUGUUGCAGGUAAAACUCAACUUCAACAUUUCUGACCUUGCGCACAUCGAUACAGGUCGCUUGCCCACCAUGAAGAGAUGGCUGGUCCAGAAAUCUGUGGACGGCUUCCGUGAGUGGUUGAUUGAUCAAGUGCAAGCAGACCUGGCCGGAGCGCCGACAGUGAAGUUUCCCGGCUCCUUCGAGCUCCAUUGCCCGGGCAGCAACGGUGGCACGCUGCGCGCCGCUGGGAUUUUGUUGAAGGUCUUCAGGUUACCCAGGGCACUCCCAAGGCCAUUCAUGAUCAACGCCACAGAAUAUGGGAUUCUUACGUUCAAAGUCAAGGCGAUUAUAGACGACGCACAUGCUGUCGCUGCACUCGGCGGUUCGGCACCCUGUCAGUCUCGACUAAUUAUCGAGUUCUUCCAAAGGCGCGCGCCGGCCGCGUCCGUCGGGGACACCGAAGACACCCUGGCACUGCGAACCCACUCCCACCACGGUCUCGUGAGUCUCGUGCGCACGAUGGUUACGAUUCAACACGACUCGGCUCAUCGGAGCGUUUCUUCCUGCAAGUGUGCCGUUUCCGCCUCCCGAAGUUGUGCCGCUCCCACAGCAGCACAGUUCGUGUUUCCAAGAUCCUCCAGCUGCUCCAUGCAGGGCGUGCGCUCCUAUGUGUUUUGUUUCAGUGUUUUGGGUCCAGGCUGGCAUAACCAUUGUUUCGUCGUCGAGAUGUGCUUUUGCAAUUUAUGCCGUCGCGGUCGUUGCUGUUACUGUUUUAGCGUUCUUGUUGAUGGCGCAUGCACGGCACAGUCCAGACGGAUGUGCAGAGUGUUGUCAAGUUUGUAUACUGGCAUCACCUUAGCGGACAUGCGGGCUGCCCGCAGUUUUCGUCUGGAUGAUGAUCACAGCUUUGGUCCUGCGGUGUUGCUUGCCACAUUGAGGUUUCCAGCGCCACUUUCUGGCAUGUCGAGUAGCGGCUAG